AUGAACGGCAAGCCACUGCCCAGGGCCGCUGCUGGACCAAAUGGCCUCCCUAAACAAAGGGCUGGUCUAACAAGUAUUGAUGACCCUCGACGACCGAACACUCCAAGCAAUGUCUUUGCAUCUCUCAAGGCCACUCAGAUCCUCACUCUAAAGCCUGUCCUACCUGCCGAACUCAUUGCUACAAUCCUUGACUACCUCCCCGUAUCCGACUUGAUAACAUGCGCUCGAGUCUCCAAACGCUUGCAAGAGAUGGUCUAUGAUGAUACAAGAUGGGUGGCCAGAUUACGAGAUAUGGGUGUGUGGAAUGAGACCGAGGCACGCCAACGCUACGAAGAAUCAAAGAAGAAGAGGCUCAGUGGCCGUCCACAAGCUGACCGCUCUCUAACACUAUUCGAUGCCCAUGACGAAGAAGAGAAAGUACGCAAGUCACUGGAACAAGCUGCAACACCCCGGCGGCCGUGGCACAGUAGUGUGACUGAUGGUUUCGACGACAUGACUCGAUCUCAAAAUCCUACCUUCGAUGCGAAAGCUGCAACCACCGCGCUGCGCAGGGUUCGCUCUAUUCGAGGUCAAGCUAGACAAGAGUAUGGAAAGGUCCACGGUGCUCUUGGUCCUUUUUAUUACGAUUUAGUCCGAUCAGAGAACUCGUCCGACCCAGCUGUCUUUCGUCUUGUGCAGGAUUCUGAGCAGCAAGCUCGUAUUCUUGCGGAUCUGAGAGUCUUUGCACGGAGCGACGGUGCCCAAAAAUGGCGCCAGCGGCAAGACAAGCUCGAAUCCAUGCUCGGUAUCUUUGAGAAUGCUAUGAUCAACGAGUUCGAACAGGCAUAUCAGGCUCAAGACGUCGAUCGCAUGAGACGAUAUGCUCAUGUCCUGGUUUCUCUCAAUGGUGGAGCUGCAGGUGUCGAUAUUUUCAUUUCAAACCACCCCUACAUGCGUCGAAAGGAUCAGGUCGGAACUCCGUUAGAAUGUCUCCAAGAUGUUGCGCCUGGGCACGUGGAUCUGAACCCAUCGCAGAGGUUCUUCGAGAAGCUCGCCUCCAUGUUGUCGAUGCAAUCAACGCUUAUCGAUCAAGUCUUUCCAAGCUCCGUCGAUGUCCUCCUCCCCUUUACGACCCGUGUCUGUGAAGACAUUGUCUCUGAUUAUAUUACGACUCUCUUCAUCGAAGCCCACGAGAAUAACGUGGAAACAUAUCUCAAGGCUGUAGCAGGAAUAUUCGAACAAGCAAUGCGCUUCGCAGUCUCGAUACAACCACCAAAAUCAUCCGGCACAGAUUUCCAUGAUCAAAUAAAGAAGGUCAUUUCACACAUCUUUGAGCCACAUGUGGAUCGCUAUCUUACGGAAGAGCUUGACUAUUUCACGCCGGCGCCAACAACAGAGCUGGCAGCCAAAACCGCCAUCAUGAAUUCAAGACUUGAGGGGAUCAAGUCCUUGUUCAGCAUUGAGGUAGCAUUGAGCUUGAUUCAUCAUGCGAAAGCGUCAAUCGAGCGAGCCGCUAUCUUCAUUCGUAUGGGCGACAGAUACGCGACCUUGACGAAGGAACAGUGCGACAAGAUUUUCGUCAGCCUUUUGGAGAUUCUCGGCCGACGACAUAUCCAAAAUGGCUUCGACAAGGCAGUAGGUCACCUGAGCAGUUACAAUCCGCGUGCUGUCAAAGAGUUUCGCUCAGGGCAAACAGAAAAGGAGGGAGCGACUGGUGGAGUCGAGCCACUAGUGACCUUCCUCGAACUCGUCAACGUUGGAGAUCUGAUUCAGCAGAUGGUUGAUGUCUUUUACAUGCAAGAGCUAGUCACACCUGGACUUACUGAUCGCGAUGACUUCCUCAACCCGGCAGUUAAAGAGAAGAAACGUUUCGAGCAGAUGUUGGAUGAGCGUGUAGCGGCAGGCAUGGGCAAGGGCAUCGACGUCCUCAUGGAUGAAGUCGAAUACAUGUGCGCCACGCUUCAGCUCACUGCUGACUUCAACACCGAUGCCGUGGAUGCCAAAACUCUGACAGGAGUCGAUAAACGUGCAAGUAUGAUGGGACUGGUCGACAUUGGACCCACAGAAACUGCUAAACGUGUAGUGGAUACCAUCCAACAGCAUACAGGCAUCGACAUCAACCUCUACAGCUCCUUCAUCACUUCUCUACGCCAGAAAUCCCUAUUACCCUACUACUCGGCACUCCGAGAACUCUCCCAGAUCUACCUCGUCGACUGUGGUGGUGGCAGUAACAACACUUCGACCUCUAUCUUCUCAACGUCUGCUGCUGCAACAACACGAAUGGCUCGCUGCAAAGAAUUAGCGACGAUCAUAGCUGACUCCGACCGCUACCAUGGCAUCUUCCGCGCAGAAGAGGUCUACGAAUUUGCAGAAAGAAGGGCAGAUUGGUAUGCUGUGAGGAGGGACGUCGAGAGAGCCAUGUAUGGUAUUGGUUGUACGGUCAUGUAA